GUGGAGAGCGACAGUUUGUGGGAUAAACUGCAUAAGCUGCAUUAACUGAACAUGGGCGCAACAUCGUCGCGUAAUAAAUCACCUACUGUGGGCUAUCCGGAGCACGAUGAUCCGGCGUAUCGCAAAUGCCAGGAGUUGAAGAUGGAGCGCUGGAUCCAAAUGCACUACCAAAUCAAGCAGCGGGAACAGGCGCUGGCCAUUGCCCAGCAUCGGGAGCUUUUUUACUGGCUGAGCGGUUUCUAUCUAAGCGCCCUAUGCGGCUGUGCGAACUAUUACCAGCGGGUCAAGCGCGCCUCGGCACUGGCGCCGCUGCUGCCUCUGACUUUUGUCAUGGGAUACUACACGGAUUGGGCCUAUGGCAGCAAGCUGCAUCGCAUUCAGGCCGAGGCGAAUAUAAUCAUGGAGCAUGAGCAGGACCUGCUCCACUGGCCGGGAGGACUGCCAACGGUCGCCGGCAUCGACGAGGCUCGCGUCGAGGUUCACAUGGAAAAGAAAAUGCAUCCGCAUCACAUGUAGACAAGUGCCCACUGUCCACUGUCCACUGUCCACUGUCCACAUCCAAUUCCAUUGGCUCAUCUAUUUUGCUCAAAGUCUAACGUCUUCUAUACAUCGACAGCGCAGAGUACAUAUGUGUAUGUAUGUACUAUGUGUACAUCACAAACUCUUGACCACAAACUCUUUUCUUCU